GUAUCGUUAGACAGAAUACCAAUACUGACAAUUUUGGUUAUCACAUCAGCACUCACAUCUACUUAUCUUCUUGAUAAGAAUUUGCACAUUCAAGUGUCACCGAGUCAAUAGUUGAUGGCCAUAUAAAAUAUUGCAAUUAACACUCUUCUGACAAACACAAACGACAAGAUGCUGUUGGUGCUAAUUGCAACGCUGUGCCUCCAAUGGAUCGUAUGUAAUGGUUGUCGAUGUGCCAUGACACACCCACAACACUACUAUUGCAAUUCGGAAUUUGCGGUGCUGGCAAAUGUCGUCAAUGAAACUGUAAAUCGGGAAAACAGAUGGAGGGGGACACGAGUUUACGAUAUCCAGGUCGAGUCUGUUUUCAAAGGUGAAAAAAUCAGCCAAGUUUCAACUGCUCUGCAUGGUGCAACAUGUGGGGUAUCACUUCAGAUUGGACAACAGUAUGUUCUUACGGGUAGCAUAAACCGUGGUGUUGCCAGAAUACAGAGUUGUAACUUCCAAAGGAGAUGGGACUCGCUCAGCAAGGAAGUCCAAAACGGUUUCAGAAAAGAUUAUGCUAAAAGCUGUGGCUGUCAGAUCACUUCUGAUUAUGUAACAGAGGCUCCAGUGAUGUCGUGUAUGCGACCUGUGAGAGGGAACUGGAAAAUGUCUCGUUGUUUGGACAGACAUUCUGUAUGUCAGGAGACAUGCGAUAGAUUUGAGCGAUGCAUAUGCGCUUGGACACGGUCGGACAACUACCAAAAAUGUUUGGAAAGAUAGACUGCAAAUAAUCACUGAUUAUAACAUUACUUUAUCAUAUUAGUUUCUGUACAGUCAAGGUUAAUAAAACAUCUGUAUAAGAAAAUUA